AUGGCAGAUAACAAUGAGAUACCACCACCUGUUGUGAGGUUUGGCGAUACACUGAGAUCGGGAAUUGAGUACCCCGGAGAGUUUGCUUAUGCGAACAACAACAUCAACAUUCCACCUCACUAUAUUAGUUUGGUGAAUGGGGGGAAUCUUUUCCAUGGACGGGAUGAUGAGGACCCGGUGAGCCACCUCAAUGCCUUCUACGAGUUGACGAACUCUCACAGACCCCCGAAUGUGGAACACAAUCUAAUCAAGAGGGUCUUAUUCCCAUUCUCUCUGAGGGAGAAAGCAAGAGCUUGGUAUGACUCUAUCCCGGGCUACAACAUAGCAACGUUCCAAGAGUUGAAGACGUUGUUCCUCUUGGAAUACAAUUCUCCUAUGAAGAUUGAGAAGUUGAGAGAGGAGAUCACCUCUUUCCGACAAAAGUAUGACGAGUCCUUCGCGGAAGCAUGGAAGAGAUUCACGGAAUUGAUAAGGAAAUGCCCAAGUCACGGACUAGCUCCGGGGCAUGACCUUUUGAAAUUCUACAAGGGACUCAACAGUGAAGGCACGGGAUUGGUGACUGCAGGUUCGAAUGGGAACCUAGAUGAUCUAACUCACGAUGAGGUGAGGGCUUUGUUUCAAAGGCUGGCCAACAAUCAACGGAAUUGGCACAAUCCAAGGCGAGGGGCUGAUAGAGCGGGAGAUACAUUUGGUGCUACCAAGGAUGCGGAAAGAGUGACCGCAAUUGAGGCUCAACUGGCGGACAUUAGCACUCAAAUGUCGUCGAUGACAAAGGCAGUUAAAUCUCUUCAACUGACUCCUCAACCCCAAGCUGUGACGGUGAUGAGAUGUGGGUUGUGCCAAGGCGGGCAUCAUACUGAUCAGUGCCCAAGUCUUCAAGGACCACCUGUGGAAGAUGUGAACUAUAUUGGCAACAAUCGCCAAGGGUUCAAUCAAGGCAACCAAUACAACAAUCAGCAAAAUUGGAGACCUCAACAAACGGGAUGGAAUCAGGCUGGUCCUAGCAACAACUCGGGAAAUCAAUGGAGGAACAACACUCAACCGCCGGGUUAUGAGAAGAAGCCAACCGUCGAGGAUCAGUUGGGGCAGAUUCUCUCUUUCAUGACUAAGAGUCAAAAGGAGAACGAAAUUUUCAAGGAAAGGACGGUGGAAAAGUUUGGGCAGAUGGAUGCGACAAUGAGGAAUCUUGAGACGCAGAUAGGGCAGCUUGCCACGGCAUCACACACGAGGAUUCCUAACACCAUCCCGAGCAAUACCGUACCUAAUCCGAGAGGCAAUGAACAGUGUAAGGCAGUGGUCUUGAGAAGUGGUCGUGAGUUGGAUUCGACACCAUCAAUGGACGGCCAAGAAAAGAAGGGAAAGCAGAAAGUAGAGAUGGGAUCAAAUGGACAGCUGAUGACAAGUCCGGCAUUAGACCCGAAAAGCAAGUUCAACUUCCCUGAUCACAUUCCUCCUCCACCAUAUCCACCGAAGAGGAAGAACAGAGCUCCAAAGGAGAAAAGCUUCGAGUGGAUGAUGAACGUGAUUCGAAAAGUGAAUGUGGAUGUAUCGUUGGUGGACCUCUUCACUAAUUUCCCCAAGUUCUCCAAGUUCUUUAAGGACAUGAUGGCAAACAAGGAGAAACUUCAAGACGAGGGAAUAGUGGCAUUGAGCAUGAAUUGCUCACAAUUGAUUUCGGGAAUGAUGCCCAUGAAGAAGAGGGAUCCGGGAAGUUGUGUGAUUCCUUGUGAGAUAGGCAACACAAUUUUCACCAAAUGUCUAUUGGAUCAAGGAUCGGGGAUCUCACUGAUGGCAUUGAAAACAGCACGUGCCAUUGGACUGGAGAACAGAAUGGAGCCCAUCGACAUUGCCCUACAACUGGCUGAUCAUUCCAUUGUGAAGCCCACUGGAAUAGUAGAGGAUGUCUUAGUCAAGGUAGACAAGGGACGUGUUGCUAGGAGCAAAGGACAACUCGGUCACGUUUAG